UUCGGUGAUCAAGAAUCACGAGUUUUUCAGGUGUAUACGUGCAUUCAAGAAGCUAGUUAAGGUAGUUUUAGGGUUGGAAGAUAGAUCAAAUUUACAGAUCGAGAGGUGGAUUUGAAUUCAAGAAGAUAGCUGUAAAGUCUGAGGAUUGAUUAUCAAAUCUGGAGAUGGAGGCAAUGGCAACAGUUUCAUUGCCACCAGGGUUCCGGUUUCACCCUACGGAUGAAGAACUCGUUGCUUAUUAUCUUAAACGCAAGAUCAAUGGGCACAGGAUUGAGCUUGACGUCAUUCCUGAAGUUGAUCUUUACAAAUGUGAGCCAUGGGAUUUACCAGGGAAGGCAUUAUUGCCCAGCAAAGAUCUUGAGUGGUAUUUCUUUAGUCCUCGAGACCGAAAGUAUCCAAACGGGUCGAGGACGAAUCGGGCAACAAAAGCUGGAUAUUGGAAGGCAACAGGGAAGGACAGGAAAGUAAAUUCAGAAAUGAGGGCGGUUGGGAUGAAGAAAACCCUAGUGUAUCACAGAGGGAGAGCUCCUCACGGAGCUCGAACAGAUUGGAUUAUGCAUGAGUACCGUUUGGAUGAAAGGGAAUGCGAAACCCGGUCGGGAUUGCAGGAGGCUUAUGCGCUUUGUCGUAUAUUUAAGAAAAGCUUGAACGGCCUUAAAAUCGGAGAAAAUUCCGGCGCCGAUCGGUCGUCGUAUGACUACGAGACGGAGAGCUCAACCUACGCAAUGGCGGCGCCGUCAUCUUCGGCUACGUGCAGCUCGCCCAUGGCCGCCGCCGCCGGUGAUGGAUCUCUGUUCAAUUUCCCCGGCGGCGUGAGCAGCGAUCACAGAUAUUGGAUGCAAUUUCUAUCAUCAGACGAUCAAGCAUUUCGUUUCCACAAUAAUCCAUCGCAUCGAUUCAUGUUGCCUCCAGUGGAGUUUCAUCAAUCUAGCUUUGUCCCUGAAUACGCAAAUCAUGAUGAAAUCCUUUCGGUUGCUCAUCAUCAUCAACAUCAAGCUGCAUCAGGUUUUAGCGACGAUUAUUUUCCGUUUGUUCCUCAAAAUAAUGAGGAAUUGGGAGAUAUGGAUUCUUCUCUAAUUACAGAACAACUGAAUCAGGAUGAUCAACAAAAUGUUGGAGAAGAAUUGAGAUCGGAUAGAAUGGUUGAGAACUUGAGAUGGGUAGGAGUGUUAGACAAAGACAUUGAGAAGGUAAUCUUAGACCACUCAGCUAUUUUAGUUUAAUUUCACUCUAUUAAUCUUUAAUCUUUAAUACUAAUAAUAAUAGUAGUAACACAAUUUAAUUA